AUGUCAUCAAGCAACCUUUUCAAGGCAACAGUCAAUGAAUACUUGGAAGGUCUUCCUAAGACUGUGCAGUCUAAACUAUAUGAAGCUCCAGCAACUUGUCUUUCGAUCUAUCGAUUGCUCUCUCCCAUGGCAAAAUUCUUCAUCAUGUCCAUGAUCUUCAAUGAGAAACCGGUUGCAUUGAGAGACUUGGAUAAGUGGUGCAUGCCCCUGGCCCGGAAGCUCGAAUACGAAGCAUUGAAACAAUUGGAGUCGUUGCAUUUGAUUGAGUACGACAGCAAGGCUUCUCAUAUACGAUUGCAUUCUACAUUUAGACAGAACUUUAGAGACUGUCUCACGGGAUCACAAGACCCCACUGCAUUUGGAAGUAUCAGCACCACCGUGGAUAAGCACCAGGUUGAUGUCGCAUUUCUUGACUCGUUUGCCUCCUCAAAGUGGGAAACUAUCUUGCAUUUCAUGGUGGGGACGGAAUCCACUGCCACGCCGUCAAAUUCAGUGUUGUCGUUAUUGAGACUAGGCGGGUUAAUGGAGGGCCCAGGACGAGGUGCCAGUAAUUUGAAAAUUACAAACACGGGAUUUCAAUUUCUUUUACAGGAUGUCAAUGCCCAGAUCUGGACGUUGUUGUUACAAUAUUUGAAUUUGACCCAGGAGUUAAACAUGGACCCAGUUGACGUGUUGAAUUUCAUAUUUGUCCUUGGUUCGCUAGAGUUAGGAAAGAGUUAUGCUGUGUCCAGUUUAAGUGAAACUCAAGUUAGUAUGUUGGCAGAUUUGAAAGAUUACGGAUUAGUAUACCGACGCACAGACACAUCCAGUAGAUUUUAUCCUACAAGAUUAGCCACCACAUUAACCUCGGAUUCAUCUGCGCUCAAAACACCAGCCAUGGCGGUUGAACAAGCUCUUGACUCAGUCGAAGGCGGUACUGACAAUGAAGUACUGCAAACAGCACCACCAGGAAACAUACAGGGAACGGUUAUCAUCGAGACCAACUUCAAAUUAUAUGCAUACACAAAUUCACCCCUUGAAAUCGCCAUUCUUAAUCUAUUUGUUCAUUUACGUACGAGAUUCGCCAAUAUGGUUUGUGGCCAAAUCACUCGGGAAUCCAUUCGUAACGCAUUAUACAACGGUAUAACGGCUGAUCAAAUCAUUCGAUUCUUGGAAACUCAUGCCCAUCCUCAAAUGAAAGUGCUAGCAAAGGAAAAGUUAGAUAAGAAGAUUGAGUUUGAUACCAGUCACAAUAUCAACACUGCCGGUGGUGCACCACAAAGUCAGGCUCUCAGAGCGGAUGGAUCAGUAGCACAGCACAAAUUGGAAAUCUUGCCUCCUAACGUCGUGGAUCAGAUUAAGUUGUGGCAAUUAGAAUUGGACAGAAUACAGACAUUUGACGGGUAUUUGUUCAAGGAUUUCCCUAACCAACAAGAAUUUGACAAGUUGUCAAGUUAUGCUUCCGAAUUGGGGGUGCUUAUUUGGUCGGAUAAGAUCAAGAGGAAGUUCUUCGUGACCAAAGAUGGGAUGUCACAGGUGGCAGAUUUCGCCAAUAGAAAGUUAAAGUCGCGUGGACAAUAA